AUGUCAGCACCGUCCAUCCCCAAUCUCCUCUCUCUCCGGGGCAGAGGCGGUCGGGGCCGAGGCCGAGGCCGGGGACGCGGAGGCUCUGAACCCGGCUCCAAAGCCGCUGCUUCUCACGAUUCCAUCAUCCAGGGAACAGAUACCGAUGCCGCCGUGUCCAGGCUGAGCGCCGUCGAUUUGGGCUAUCUGAGCGACCCAUAUGCGCGGUAUUUUGUCUCUGCUCUCGAUGGCCCGCCAGCAAGACGAUUUCCCAUCAUUAACCGAGGAACAUACACACGUACAACAGCCAUAGAUACUCUGGUGCACUCGUUUCUUGCGGGAUCUCAAGGUGAAGAGCAAACGAAGCAGAUCGUGUCCUUAGGUGCCGGCACCGACACUCGGCCUUUUCGGCUCUUUAGCCAACAGGGCUAUCCACAGCUCAUCUACCAUGAGAUUGACUUCCCGGUAACAAGCGCCAAGAAGCUCAAGACGGUCGAAGCAGUGCCACCCUUGGCCGGCAUCUUGACCAACCGCUCAACAGGAGAUAGCGGUAUUGAUUGGUCGAGCCAGCCUUCCAACGGUCAGUACUUCUGCCACGGACUGGAUAUUCGCCGCUUGUCGCCCACGGCUACCGAAAAUUUGCCUAGUCUCCGUACCGACGUUCCCACUCUCGUCUUAUCAGAGUGCUGCCUCUGCUACCUCUCCCAAGAAGAGUCGGAUGGCGUGCUGCAGUAUUUCUCUUCCCGGAUACCCAAUGUAGCUGUUGUCAUCUACGAGCCGAUCCAUCUGGGAGAUCCCUUCAGUGAGACAAUGAUAUCGAACCUGGCGGCAAGGAACAUCCAUAUGCCUAGCCUCGACCGACGCAGAGACGAAGGAGAGGAAGCAGCUCGGUUGAAGCGGUUAGGGUAUGAGAACACCCGUCAGUUGACCAUUGACCGCUUAUGGAGCAAAUGGGUCCACGAGGAUGAGAAAGAAAGGGUUGAUAGGCUUGAAGGACUCGAUGAGGUUGAGGAGUGGCAGCUGCUUGCUGGACACUACGCGGUUGUCUGGAGUUUCAGGGGGAACGGAUUCGAGGGAUGGAGGGGCCUUGGAUAA